AUUUGCCCCACCCCUCUCUGUUUUCCUUUACUUCUAUUCUCUUCUUUCCACAUCUUCAUUCCUCUCUCCAUCUCUUUCUUUCUUUCUUUUUCUCAUUUCCAUCUCAAAUGAGAUCCUCUUCCAUCAUUCCUAAAAUUCACACCAAAACCCUAAUUCCAACCUCAAUCCUAAUUCCACAAUGACCCUCACCAAAACCCCAAACACUCAACACACAAAGAUUGAAUUUUGAAAAACCCCCAAAUCUCAAUUCAUCAAUUCAUUACCGUUUUCAUCAUCAUAGAGAUCAAUAAUAAUAAAUGGGUGCUGCUGCAAUGGUUUGGAAUCCAGACCUAAUUCACUAUCUAUGCAUUGCAAAAUCAACAACAAUCCUUGCACAUCACAUCAAUAGUAAUUCCAAAGAUUCAAACAACAUUGAAACAUUAGCAUCUAAAUGCUUAGAACAAUCCCCUCCAAAUCAUUCUUUUUUCUCUCACACAGUUAAUAAUCGCACCUACACUUUCCUUAUUGAACCCCCCUUCAUUCUCUUCGCAAUUUUCGAUCAAAACCUUCUCAAAUCCGACGCACUUCCUUUCCUCAACCGUAUCAGAUCCUCCCUCACCGAAACCCUCAAUAAAAAUGAAAACUUUACCCCUUUCUCUCUUCAGCCCCAAUUCGAUUCUGUUUUCAACGAAACCCUAAAUUUAUACGAUUUAUCUUCUAAUUCCAGUAACGGGAAGCCUUCGCCGCCGACUACACUUCCUCUACUCGGGAAACAAGGUGAAGGGUUGAAGAAAAAGAAGAGACUUGUUGAUGAUGGUAAAGAAGCUGCAAUGGUGGAUUUGACCUCAGACGACGUCGUUUCAGGCUCGUUGAACAAUCGUCAGAAAGCAAAGCAUAUAUGGAAGAAACAUGUUUGGGUUGUGUUGCUGCUUGAUUUGUUUGUUUGUUUGGUUUUGUUUGUGAUUUGGUUAUGGGUUUGCAGCGGUUUUCAAUGCAUGACUUAUUGAAUCAAUCAAUGAUUCAAAAAAGAAGAAAAAAUGGAAACUUUUUUUCUUUCUGUUAUGUCUUUUUGUCCCUUCUCUGAAGGGAUUCUUAGUUUUUGUAUAAAUGGGGGAAAACCGGUUUCUGUAUUAAUUGGGGUUUUUGGGUUGCUUCUUUUCAUCAGUUUUUUUUCUUUCUUUUUCCUGCCUUUUUUUUCUUUUCAUUUUCCCUCCUUUUUUUUCUUGAUGAAAAUUGCAAUCUGAAGAUCUUGUUAUUUUCCGGUUCCUGGUUUGAUCAUGUUGUAUCUCAUACACUGGUGUAAGAAUUUGAAUAUGUUAUGGUCAAUUGUGCAAUAUUACAGAUUCAUCA